AUGAUAACCGGCGAAUGUACAGCAUUUGUUUAUGAAGAUGUCCGAUUACGUCCAUUAAAAAGUUCCGGGUGUACAAAAUUUUGCCAGUGUGAGCAUGCAUCCACUGAAGCGGAUGGUUCUGUGACGUAUAAAUGGGCGGAGCACACGUGUCCACCUGGACUUUUGUUUGAUGUUGAAACGUUAGUUUGCAACUGGCCUCAAAAUGUUCAGUGUGACGGAAAUGGCGAUAAUGGUGAUACCGAUAAUGGUGAUACCGAUAAUGGUGGUACCGAUAAUGGCGGAACCGAUAAUGGUGGAACCGAUAAUGGUGGUACUGAUAAUGGUGGUACGGAUAAUGGCGGAACCGAUAAUGGUGGAACCGAUAAUGGAGGUACUGAUAAUGGUGGUACCGAUAAUGGUGAAACCGAUAAUGGCGGGACAGAUAAUGGUGGUACAGAUAAUGGUGGUACUGAUAAUGGUGGUACUGAUAAUGGUGGUUCUGAUAAUGGCGGAACCGAUAAUGGUGGAACCGAUAAUGGUGGUACCGAUAAUGGCGGAUCUAAUGGUGACAAUGGCAACAAUGGCGAUGGCGGUAACGGCGGCAAUAAUGGUGAUACUGAUUUUGAAUGUUUCAAAUGCUAUAAAAGUGACUCCAAUAAAGAGUGUAACAAAAACAAGGAAUUUUGUGAAUCGGAUAAAGAGACAUGUCAAACACGUAUAGAAUGGAAAGGUGACACAUAUGAAGUAUCAAAAGGCUGUGUAAAUAGCGAUAGUAGCAGCUCAGAGGAUGACUCAGGAACAAGCUCAAAAGAAACUUCGUCAAAAAAUUCAAGCGAUGAAUCGUCUGACGAUUCAAAAGAGAAAUCGUCAAAGAGUUCAAAGGAGGGUUCAUCGAAGAGUUCAAAGGAGGGGUCAUCGAAGAGUUCAAAGGAGGGUUCAUCGAAGAGUUCAAAGGAGGGGUCAUCGAAGAGUUUAAAGGAGGGGUCAUCGAAGAGUUCAAAGGAGGGGUCAUCGAAGAGUUCAAAGGAGGGGUCAUCCAAGAGUUCAAAGGAAAAGUCAUCGAAGAGUUCGAAGGAAAAGUCAUCCAAAAGUUCAAAGGAAGACUCAUCAAAGAGUUCAAAAGAAAAAUCAACGAAGAGCUCAAAAGAGAAAUCUUCGAAAAGUUCCAAGGAGAGGUCAAGACGAAGCAACAGUGACCUCUCAGGAUGCAAGAAGAAUGGGAAGAAGACCACGUGUAAAUAUGAAUGCACAAGUAGUUUGUGCAAUGAAUUCCUCCCACCAUUGUACAUUGAGUAACCAGAAAAAAGCACAUAUCAGUCUGUCAAAAUACAAUGUUAUUUUAAAAACCAAGCUGCAAUGUAGUUUUAAAGUUAACAAUAUUUGUCUUCUUGUUUUUUUAUCUUUUCUUUGGAAUAUUGUAUCUCCUUACUUUUAUACUAAAACUGUUGAUUACAUCUCAUUUACUUCAAAUAACUUGUAUUACACAUAAUCAGCUAUGAGAAAAGUGAACUUAAGUACAAUUCAAAAAUAAAUUAUCUUUAGGAAAUCUGUAAAAAUUCAUAAAGAUUAAGAAAUAUUUGUACGUAUAUACUUUAUUUUAAUAAGAUUUCAUACAGUCAUAAAAGACCUUAUACUUUUCUGAUAUUCGUUUUCAAUGACAUGAUAAUUUAAAUUGUGAUGAAAAUUUGAUAGUGGUUAUUUCAGUCCAACCAAAGGACGUAGUGUAUUCAGGGUGGCGAAUCAAAGAGACUUCACAUAUAAAAUUUAGUAAAACACAAGGAAAUUAUUCUGUAUGCAGAGAAUGCUUUUUUAUUUGACGAAAAUCCAUUUUUAAGUAAAACAUAUUUUCGUAACAUACAUUCACUAAUCGGAGCUUAUAUUAGAAUUAAUUUUCCGCAGUGUAUUUUAUCAAAGUGCGCAAAAGUACCACCUUGAUAUAUGCUGUAAACUUUUACUGUUUAAUGUUAUAUUAAGAUGCGCUUCAGUUAAAAGAAAAUAAUACAAUCAAAGAGCCACAUUUCGUUUAUUUCGAUUUCGAACUAAAUGUGUCCGAACCUUUGAUUCAACGACACAUUUUCUAUCAUCCUAAAUGUUGAUGAAAACAUUAGAAAAGAAAUUUUAAUAAUUUUUGUUCAUUUUAAAUUAAAACAGUGUGCUUUUCAAUCAAGCAAUCAAUCUCCAUUAAAUAAUCGGCAUAAAUAUGCCUUUGCCAUUUACAAUAAUAAAGUAUAUUUUAAAAAGUAUGAUCAUCACAAAAUAAAGUACAUACGAUCAUAAUUUAACAAGAUAAAGUUUCUAAAUAGCCGGUAAUUGUAGAGCAAAAUGAACAAUUGUGUAGAAAUGACAUGAUACUGUAUACAUUUCUUUUUUUCCAUGUUAUGAUUAUUAAAAUAAAAAUGUGUGUGUAUUUUAUAAACAAAUGUCUUGUUUCCUUGUUUCAUCAUAAUUAUCUAAUUUGCAUUUUUCUUAAAAAAAUCAUUUUUGGGGAACAAAGAAAGAUUAUAAUUAUGUUUUCCAUCUUUCAAACUUAAAUGAUCUAAAAGUAAGAUAAAAUAAAAACGAUGUUCAAAUAA